UCUAUACCUUCACACACACUUUAUCCCAAAUCAUGCAUCGUUCUACGUACGAUGCCCGUUCGGGCUCGCGUUCUUCCAGUCACAGCAACAGCAGCGCUUUCAGUCCCAACGCAAACCCCAACGAGGACUGGACCAAGAUCUCUGAUCUGGCGGAACGCCGUCGCAUCCAGAACAGAAUUGCCCAGCGCAACUAUCGCAAGAAACUAAAGCGCCGCCUGGAAGAUCUAGAGAGGCGCGCCGCUUCCUCCCCAUCCCCAGAACAGUCACAUGCCGAACCGCCUGCCAAAGCCACCUCCAAGAAUCGCUCCAAACAGCGAACCAACAAGUCGGAUGCUAAAUCACACAUGUUGCACGCUCCGCAGCCAGAGAGACCGGCGUCGUACGAUUACUACACACCGGAUGAGCGAACCAUGUUCGGCCAGCAAUGUACUCGCCAACUCUCUGCAUCACCACCGCCGGUGUUCUCAUACCCACCACUGCAAACGUAUGAUACUUAUCGGCCGACCUACAGCCAGCUUCCAGUCUAUCACACCGUGCCCAGCACGUACGGUGAUGUGAUGUCUUACCCCACAGAAUACGGCGAGUCGCUACCUUCCAUGGUACCGAUGAUCCCAGGGUCCACACUAGGCUCCAGGAAACCGACGUACGACGAGGACAUCAUCAGUCCAUUCAGUAUGAGCUACGCCUCGAUGGCAGGCAUCGACAUCUGUCCGCAGCCGUCGCAGCCGGAGCCUUGUCUUUCGAUGCCAUCGCUUUCCUACGCUUAUUCGGAUGACCAGAGCGCGGUUUCGACGUCCCCCGAGACGUCGAUUUUUACUUUGCCCCUGACGCCCGAGUCCCCUCCGUGCUCGCCACGCUCCAUGUCGGGGCUGUAUGAGUACGAGCUACGGCCGUGA